AUUAAUUUUUAUUAUUAUUUGUGUCAUUUAAUUUUUUAGUCACUUGUGCUCAUCUAUUCAUGAUGCUUUCCACCAUCAGUCAUAUCUUCUAAACAUCCUCCCCACAAAUCUCUCCUUUCCUCACCACAAUCCACAAACAAAAUCUAGAUCAAACUAAUCAAACCCAACAAAUCCAAAAACAUAUAAAAUGGAAGAUUUAAUUGCCCAAUUCACACUCUUCUCAAAUCAAGCUCUCCAAGACAAGAACUUUGACCCAUCAAACAUUGAAGAUUUGAUGAAAUUGUUUGAAAUUGAAGCUUACAAUUCAUGGGCAGCCAUGGAAUUAGAGUGCUAUAAAGAAGAAGAAAUUGCCCAAAACUCGAUGGAUGAAGCAGAACAAGAGCUUAACUCUGCCAUGGAUAGUGCCAUGAAAGAAUUCAGAACGUUUGAAGAAGAGUUAGAGAAGGAAGCCAUGGUUGAGUAUUAUAAGUUGAUAAAAGUUGGUGAAGCUGCUAAAAAGAUGGGUAAAUUUACAGAGAAAGCUGCUUAUGUUGCUUCUAAGAAAUAUAUUGAAUCUGCUGUUAAUUCUGCUACUAAUUCUAUGAAAUCUGCUUGGAAAGGAAUGUCUUCUCAUAAAGUUCAUCCUUCUUAAUCAAAUGUUUUUGGUAGGUAGGCCGAAGAGAGGGGAAGGUAUGAAAAAUGGUAUAUGCUACAACUGAGAGAAAAUCCGAUCUUUUUCGUAAUCAAAUAUUGUUGAAUUGGUGUUAUUGUAGCAUAUUAGCAAGAAGAAAAUAAUUUGAAUGUUUUUAAUUAACUUUUUAUUUCAACUUGAAUGUUCUGUAAAUUAGUUUCAAUAAGUAUUGUAUGAGAUCGUUUCACAAUUGGUUUAUUUUUAUAAUUUAUAAUUGAUCAUUAUAGAAUUAUGAAUAAUUAUUUAAGUAUUUAAGUGUAUAUUAAAUCAGUCCAAUAAAAAAGAUCUCACUCUAAGAUUAGUGAAUGAA